AUGAGGAAAGAUACACAUAUUUCCUCUUCAUGUCAUGUUUUAGUAAAUCGUACGAAUGAUGACAGCUUAAACCAAUAUACUUUUUUAACUUUAACUCUGAAGCCCGACAUAUCAUCGUUGUUUGUUUCUUCCAAAACUUCCGAAUUGCUUAUAUUUAUUCCAAAGAAAGCAUCUACUGUUAAGACACCAUGUCUCGCACGUGGCUUUUAUUUGAGAUUAUUUACAUCUAUUUUGCUGUUGUUUUUACAACCCCCUGUAACAGGGUUAAUACAAUCUGCUGCUACAAUGAAUAUUUUAACGAAAAAUCUAAGGAAUGUACAGUGUGUAAAAAUGGAAGUUUUGGAUGGAAUUGUGAAAUAUCCUGUAAGUCAGGAUUCUAUGGUUAUCUCUGUUCAACGCCAUGCGAGUGUGAAGCUCACCUGUGUGAUAUACAGACUGGGUGUCAGUCAUCACAUAAUGAGACAUCACCCCUCCAAACUUUGAAUAAGAUAUCUACAGCCUUUUCAAAGACAGUUUUCACAGAAUCUACAUACCAAAUGGGUAUACAUCAAACAAGUGAAAGCGCGGUGAGAAAAAAGCCUAUUCAGUCAAAUGAAAAACAACCAUGGAUUCUUGUGAGCUUUCUUUUGAUUGGUUCCUUAACAACAUUCGUCGUUUGUGGAACAUCAUUUUAUUUUAGAAAGGGAUGUAUCAGAAGAUUAAUGGAUUUGAAACCAGGCAGGCCUGUAGGGGUACAUCAAUGUUCUAGGACUAACAACUCUCCAACUAUUGAUCGCUCUUUGGGUUACGAUGACAUUAGGCAUUCUCAAAUGAUUCGUAACAGUAAUAUUAGUGAGGAAUCUUGUUUUACAUCGAGUAGGACGAGAAUGACAAGUGAUUCAGUUAAAAGUAGACAUUUACUGUCAAUUAUUUAUGAUAAUUAUCAUGAAGACGAUGAAGAUUAUAGUCGGCUGUUGCUUAGGAAGAGACAGAGUGUUUGCAUUGCAAAGAAAAACAUUGCUUAUGAUGAUGACGGAUAUGCUUUCCUGCGAUUAGGUAUCACCGAACUGAAACCUGACCUUAUUAUUCGAAGACACCGAUCUCUGCCUUUGAUAUCAUCCAUCCAAAAUUCUAUCUCUCUAGGUUCCCAGGAUGUAAAACGAUGUUUGUCAGAGAGUAAUAUUCCUCUUUGAAAUUCUUUUAUUCAAAUGAUUUUUUUGUUCAAAUCAGGAUGUUGCAAAAUAUGUCAUCGACGGAAACAAAACCAUAAUGCAGACGAUUAUAUAUUUUUAUUACAACGUUCUAUUAAAUAAACCCCAAUAAUAAUAUUUGAAAAAAGAUAACAAAUGGCCCUGACAUAUAAAGUGUACUAUUACACUUACUUAUUGUAUUAAACUUUAUCAUUACAUGAUUAAUAUAAUUUUGUAAUUUUUGCAUUUUGUAUCGUUCGAGUUAUUUUGCACGAGUUUC